AACUCAAGCCGGCCGGCGACUUCAAAGUCAACAGUGGAGGGGCAGCCCAUCUCCGUUCGUUACAUAAGCCGGCGCGAGACAGCCCUCGCCGGGAGCGAGGAGCGGGUUGGCACCUCAGCCUCUUCGCCGCCUCCCUUCCCCCCCCCCCCCACCCCCCUCUCUCUCCUCCCGUCAAUAUAUCUCGCCCUUUCUCUUCCCAUCAUCAAGAUUGUGAUGGACAAUGUCCUCAUCGACCGGUCGACCAGCGGCUUAGACUCCCGGUGCUGGACGGCCGGCGAAGGCUGCCGGAGCUUCAACGUGAGCUUGCCACUGCCUCACAGCAGCCACAGCUCCUUCAGCUACGCGUCGCCGCUGCAUCCGUUCCAGUACGCGCCGCCGUACUUGUACUCAUCUCUGCCCCUGCCUCCUUGCCGGCCGCCUCUCCUCCCUCUCCCGCCGGCCGCGACUAUGGCCAAGUACGCCACGUCUCUGCCUGCAUCGGCAGACAAGCCUGCGGCGCUGAGGAGGACCGGGACUGGAGAGUACAAGAGGAAGAAGCCGUGGGCACCGACGGCCGGGGACGACCCGCUGAGGGCGCAGCGGAGGCGGCCGCUGGAGCGGGCCGCGCCGCUGCCGCUAGCGCCAGCGGUGGACGAGGCGCUGGACGACCUGGAGCGCGAGGUGGCCAGGGGGUUCGUCGAUGACCUGAUGCACGCGCUCGCGCCACCGCCCAGCAGCCUGCCGCUGCCUACCUUCUCGCUCGUCAGGGCGGCCGCUGCCAAGGCCGCAGCCGCGUCCUGCGCCGGGUAGCCGGGAUGCUGAACGAGUUUGUGUCUUUCUUUCUCCAAGACUUUUUUCUUUGGAUGGAAGAAGGGAGCUAUGAGUUUUUUUUUUAAAUGAGUUGUGUUCAAUUUUAAUUUUACUUUAAAUCCUUUUUAGGAGCUGUCAGUUGAAGGUAACACUAAUGCUAAGUUUUUAUAGCAUUCAGAGUUAAGUUCUGGAUGGGGUCUGUUUUUAUUGCCCUGUAUCAAGAAUUCAAGAUCAAGAGUUUUCAGUUUCACCUAUGAGUAUAAUAUGUAUGGUUCACCAUCUGUGGUCAAUAAAUUAUUUUGUGGUUCCAGUAA